CAUAUAUUCAGCAGCAGUGAUGUGGUUGCAAGUUAUUAAAACUACAGAAGAGCAGUUGAAGAUGAGGUGAAAUUGCACCUCAUCUACUCUGUAUGAGUGCUGCUAAUCAUGUAAAGAACGGUGUAAAGGGGGAUCCAGAUUGCGAACAUGGUGAAACCUUCAAUGUCACCAGUAUAAAGCAGAGUCUGUUAUCUCCCGCCUAUCUGCACACCAACAGCACAAGUCAUACUUGGGCAUUUUCCGCUGUUGCUGAACUUAUAGACAAUGCGUACGACCCAGACGUCAAUGCGACCCAACUGAAAAUUGACAUUGCUGACAUCGAGGGGAUGACAUGCUUGACAUUUUUGGAUAACGGCGCUGGAAUGUCCCCGCAUACUUUGUAUAAGAUGCUUUCUUUUGGUUUUUGUGACAAGGACAAAUACGCUGUGACUCGCCACAAACCGGUUGGUCACUAUGGUAACGGCUUUAAAUCUGGCAGUAUGAGGCUUGGGAGAGAUGCACUCGUGCUGAGCCGACACGGCCACGGCAAAGAUAGUAUCGUUAGUGUGGGCUUGUUGUCUCAGACGUAUCUAGACGCAAUUAAGUCAGAGACAAUACUAGUACCAACUGUAAGCUGGUCCUACGUAACACACGAGCGUAUUGAGUCCCCUGAUGCUGAGGCCAGUCUACAGAGUAUUAUCAGGUUCAGCAUUUUCAAAAACGAGGCUGCAAUUCUCUCCACUAUUGCUACAAAAAUAAAAAAGACAGGAACGUACAUAUUGAUCUACAACCUGCGAAAGAGUGCCACCGGAGAGCAUGAGUUUGACUUCAAGAAGGAUGCAACAGAUAUCUGUAUUGUGGAGGACGAAACAACAACAGAUAACAUGCUGUACGCUCCCCAGGAUAGGAUCAACACUAAUCCUACUACCUAUUACUCACUUCGGGCAUACUGUUCAAUCCUGUUCCUCCGACCAAAGAUGCAAAUAUUCGUGCGGAGCGUAAAAGUUAAAACUAAACUUAUAAAGAAGUCACUCUCUAAGACACUAGUGGAUACCUAUAGGCCUCAAGGAGUAGACAGACUCCAGAAAAUAGUGUUUGGUUUCAGUCCUGAGACCGAGAAUUAUGGGAUCAUGAUGUACUACAGGAACAGACUUAUUAGAAGUUAUGUCAGAGUCGGAUAUCAAACUAAGCCAAACAGCAUGGGAGCCGGUGUAGUCGGGAUUAUUGAGUGUAACUACCUUACACCAACUCAUAACAAACAAGAUUUCGAUUACAACAAACAUUACCGCUCAACCAUGUUCGCUUUAGGACAGAAACUCAAUGAUUACUGGAACGAGAAGUGUGGUGACCAGGAAAUGCCCCCGGAAACGGUUUCAGAACUAGUUCCAGACCAACUGUGGGUUCAGUGCGAGAACUCUGACUGUUUGAAGUGGAGGAAAGUUCCUGGUAACCUUACUCCAGAUGACCUUCCUGAAAAGUGGUAUUGUAAAGAUAACUCGGAUCCCAACUAUGCGAGCUGUGAUUCUCCAAUGGAGCAGGAGGAGAUGGAACAGGAUUCUGAACCUUAUGUCAAAACCUUUAAACGAAAUAAGCAGAGGGCAGCAGAAUCACAGAGAGUAGCAGACUUGAUCAUGGAGAGACAAAGACAAGCUAAGAUCAUGGAACAAGCGCAAAGAAAUCAGAAUCAGAUUACUGGUGGUCCCGUUUUCACUGUUGGUAGCAUGCAACGUAUCCCGAACGGACCACAAAAUGGAGCUAACGGGACAGCUAUAUCAGUUGAUGAUGACGAGAUUAGGAUUCUACCCUCCUCCCCCGCUGCUCGAACUUUCAACUCUAACCAACCCAUCACUUCGCAGGUUGUGUCACAAAACGCGGCAGCUGUAGCCAUGAAACAACGCAAACCUAACAACGAUGACGAUGAGCUCGUUGUAACAGCUGUAACACAAGCGAGAACACCCCUCACGAAACGACCCGCCCCCCAAACCCCAGUCAACCUGUCUAACAAGAAAAACAAAACAGCCAGCGCACAUCUGUUUAUCGUAGACGGUCCCAACACGAUAAAAGAAAUGGGGCUGACCAGCCCUGAGGACCAACAGAUAGUCACUAAACUUGUGAAACUUCACCCUAAAACCAGAUGGAAUCUCUUAGUUAGCAGAACUCUGCAGCUUAGGGACUUGCGAAGUCAGGUUUGUGCUUUACUCCAAAUGCUGGUUCCAGAGCUUGAUCAGAAUGCUGUAGGCGUCAAAACGGAGCCAGUGGACGGAACUAAACUCGUCUCACUCCUAAACCAGGUUUUAGAGGCUAACCAAGCCGGCGACGACGGACCCUCGUCCCAACUCACGACCUCAUCAGAGCAACCAGUCAAUUCACAAACUGCAAAUUCCUCUAGUUCAUCAACCGUAAAAACAGAAAUUUUUAAUCCAUCCAGUUAUAGGGGCGCCAUUUGAUUGAGGCCGAAUGUUUUUGUGGCUAUUAUCAUAUGAUAGAUUGAAGUGCCUUUUUUAAUCAAAUUUAAAUUAUUUUAUAUAUUGGAGCCGUAAUCGUAACUUCGUUACUACGUUGUGAAGCACCCUUACUCUGCCAUUUAAAAAAAGAGUAACAUUAAAUUCGUAUUUGGAAGAUUAUUUGUAUUGAGAAAAUGGCGUUUUAAAAAUUAGUUGACGCACUUGAAAUAGUCAUGUUGUUUUCAGAUAGCUAUCUUGAUCAGCAGAUUCAAGUAAGAAUUUACGUUGAUAUCAUAAUUCAUAAUUAGCUUUUAUAUUGAUCAGGAUCUGUCCACUAAGUUUUCAACCAAUUUUAUCAAAUAAAUAAAUCAUGUACUAUUAAGUUUUAGAGUAGGUUUUCGUUAGUUGUUUCCUGAGUCAUGAGUAAACAUCAGUAUUUGUAUCAAUCGCAUUUGUAUCAAUCGCAUUUUUACAUAUUUUGGCUGUAUGUAUAAAAUUUUGAUUGUGAUGACACUAGUAUUAAUAUGAUGGCAUUCAAAUAAAAGUUAUAUUUAACGAUAGUCCUAGUUAAUAAUCUCAUAUUUUAUCGAUUCACUCUAUUUAUUUAUACCGUUACACUGUCAACUGUAGACGUAACUAUGAAAAGAAUUUUCUUUGUA